AUGGCAGCAAAUAAUUCUUUGCCACUCGGCUCAUUAUUACAGCCGAUAGAUACAGAAGAUUAUACAUUGUAUUUACAACAACAAGUUGAUAAUUGUAAAAAAUCUGUUAAAGAAAAUAUUGUAGAGUUUAGUGAACUUAGCUUUGAAAAAAUCAGUUUACCAGCUGAUAAUGAAGAAAAUAAUAAUAAAAACACGUUGGACGAUUUUAUUGUUUUCAUGAAAAAAAUAUGGUCGUUUGAUGGAAAUUCCUUCAACGAAGAAGAAUGUCGCGAAGCUCUUUCAAAACAAGUUUUGACUAAUACUACCACUGCUGACGAUCAACAAAAAAAGUUAGUGUCGGUGAUAAGUCUUUUUCUUUCAAUCAUUUUUCUUAAUUUUCACAGAGAUGAGCACAAACAUAAGACUGUUAUCACUAUUCGUUCAUCAAGUGUGGCAGCUGUUAAUCAUCUUUCUCCAAUGACAAAUUUAAAUCGUACACGAUUGGUUCCACCAUUUGAUCCUGUUUUAAGCUCAACGCCAAAAAUGCCCGUACGUCCAACUAUUCCAAUUACAAUCGAUGUUUCAAUCAGAUCACCUCCUCCACCUCCACUGCCACCAUUAUCACUUUCCUCGAUACCGCAAGUAGUCGAAUCAAACGUAAGUAAAAAAAUGAGUGUAUACUUUGUGUUAGAAGAGUUUACUUUUCGCAGUUAAAGAAAAUGAUCACUUAUAUGUUAGUAACGGAUGCGGCAGCGUUAAUGACUCUCUAGGUAUUUCUCUCUUCUUGUGCUGACAUUCUCUCACCUCACCUUCACUUCAUUUUUCAUCUGUGUCUUUCUACUAGCAAUUUUCCAACUUUAUGGAAAACUGCAUUCAUUGCACCUGUUCAUAAAAAAGGCG